AGGUCAACACGUCAGUUAAGCGAUGCCACCAUAAAUUCGCACCACAAAAUCGCCAUCGGGAUGGCUGUAAAUUUUGGCACCACGCGAAGCUCGCAAAUCCCACGUCAAGCAACGAUUAGAUUAGGACGUUCAUAUAAAAGUGGAGCGUGACAUGGUAUAUUCCCACAGUUCUUUGAAAUGUUCAAGUUGACGUUACUCUGUUUGCUCGCCACGGCACUGGCGCAGCACAAUCCACAUUGGUGGGGAAAUCGCAAUACGAUUGUGCAUUUGUUUGAAUGGAAAUGGGAUGAUAUUGCACAGGAAUGUGAGGAUUUCCUAGCUCCCCGAGGCUAUGCAGGCGUGCAGGUGAGCCCUGUGGCUGAGAACAUAAUUUCGGAGGGUCGUCCAUGGUGGGAACGUUAUCAGCCCAUCUCCUACAAGUUGAUAACACGCUCUGGCAAUGAAUUAGAGUUCGCAUCCAUGGUACGUCGCUGCAACGAUGUGGGCGUUCGCAUCUAUGUUGAUGUCCUGCUGAAUCACAUGUCUGGCGACUUUGAUGGCACGGCCAGCGGCACUGGUGGCUCUGUGGCCGAACCCCGCUCCAAAUCAUUCCCAGCUGUGCCAUACACAGCCCAGGACUUUCAUCCCAGCUGCGAGAUCUACGAUUGGAACGAUCGAUUCCAAGUGCAGGAGUGUGAACUGGUGGGUCUUAAGGAUUUGGAUCAAAGCAGCGACUAUGUGCGCACUCAGCUCAUUGAAGUCCUCGAUCAUCUAAUCAAGUUGGGUGUUGCUGGAUUCCGUGUGGAUGCCGCCAAGCACAUGGCCGCUGAUGAUCUGGAUUAUAUUUUCAGCAAUAUGCGGGAUCUCAACACUGACCAUGGCUUCCCUCACAACGCUAGGCCUUUUAUCUACCAGGAGGUCAUCGAUCAUGGCCACGAAACUGUCUCCCGUGACGAGUACACAAGUCUUGGCGCAGUCACAGAGUUCCGCUUCUCUGAGGAAAUCGGCAAGGCUUUCCGUGGCAACAAUGCAUUGAAGUGGCUGCAAAGCUGGGGCACUGCAUGGGGUUUCCUGCCCUCCGAGCAGGCGUUGACCUUUGUGGACAACCAUGAUAACCAGCGUGAUGGUGGUCAGGAAUUGAACUACAAGUCAGCUAAACAAUACAAAAUGGCCACUGCCUUCCAUUUGGCCUACCCCUACGGCAUCAGUCAGGUGAUGAGCUCAUUUGGCUUCGAAGAUCGUGACCAGGCGCCUCCACAAGAUGCCCAGGAGCGCAUCAUUUCACCCGUUUUUGAUGCCGAUGGCGGAUGCACUAACGGCUGGAUCUGUGAGCAUCGCUGGCGCCAAAUCUACAACAUGGUUGGCUUCAAGAACGCCGUGCGUGGCACUGAGCUGUCUAACUGGUGGGACAACGGCGACAACCAGAUCGCUUUCUGUCGUGGAAACAAAGGUUUCGUCGCCUUCAACAAUAAUCAGUACAAUCUAUCCGAGAAUCUUCAAACUUGUUUGCCAGCUGGCGUUUACUGUGAUGUCAUCUCUGGUAACCUGAUUGAUGGUCAGUGCACUGGAAAGUCUGUGACCGUAGAUAAUUAUGGCUAUGGCUACAUUAGCAUUGGUUCUGAUGAGUUCGAUGGUGUGCUGGCACUGCACUCAAACGCCCGAUUAUAGAAUGGAAGACUGUGAAUCUAGAAUCGAUAGUCGUAGUCGGAAUAAUUUCAAACAACGACAUUGAUUUUGCUUUUAUUUCACAAAUUACAAUAAAUCGCACAUAAAGUAAUAUAAUAAUUUGGCUGAAACGAAUCCAUCGCCCUCAAAUACACAUACAUACUUAUUAUA